CGUAAAGGCAGCGCAUCACGACUGGAUCCUCUGACUACCUCCAACUUCACCUCGAAGCCUCUUGAACUUACCGGUAGCUUCUUGUCGAUCUGUCAUGCUCGCUAUUGACUAGGUUCCUUAACUCUCGACAAUGGCUUCUCAAUUUGUCGGCCUACUAGUUGCAGUUACCCUGGUCCAGCCUCCAAACUCGGUCAUUGUAGGCCGCGUGGCCCAUGUAGACGAGCGAACGUCAACGCUUGCUCUUCAGAAUGUCUUCUAUCCCGCCACUGGAGAGCGUAGAGCUAGCUGCACCGUCGAAGGCCGCUUCAUAGCCGAUAUCAAAAUUCAACAAGAGAAUGCACAACCACCUCCUUCCGUACCCGCUUCACAGCCAGUCCCUCUGCCGACCGUAGUUCCUCAGCCUCAGUGGCAGGCCCCACCAUUUCAACCUCCCCAACGGCAACAAAGCCACCCGCAACCGACUCAGCAGUUCCAGAGUCAGAAUGGACAACGCCAACAAUGGCCGCAGUACCAACACCCUGGCAUGCCGCAUAACUUCGCGAUGCCUCGUGGGUCCUUCUCGAGUCACCCAACACAGAGUCCAAUUGCAGGGGCAGCAAGACAAAUGCCUGUUGGCCCUACUGCCCCUGCCAAACAGUCCUUUGUCGACCCUGCCAUACUUAGCAUGGCCAAACCUCCUUCGGCUCCAGCACCAGAGUUGGGUUUAAACGUCAAUCAAACACUGCGAGGGUCCAUUCAGGAAGCUCCAGCCACCCCGAUGAAGCCGCCAGUAGAAGCUGCUGCGCCAGUUUCAACGCAGUUUACACAAGCUGUCGCCAAACCAAAGCGCCCGUUGCCAGUGAAUCACACCAAGGAGAACGUUGCAGCGACUUUGACGCAGCCAUUCUCAGGCAUGGCAAUCGGGGACGAGCAGGAAGAAGUUGACACUGAUGGACCGAAGGGCGAGCCAGUCAGAAGAGUAAGUCUCACGAAAACGAGAACUGGCAAGCCUAUGGAGAGUGCUAAAAACGAGGAGGAUUGGAAGCGCACCAGAAGGGGUGGGAAGGGUAAUCGCAAGAAGAAGCCAGUCUCGAGUGCAGCGCAGAACACAGUUGGAUUGGACGCAUCACCGGAGGUAGUGAAGAAGUCGGGCGGCACCAUCAAGGGUAAAGGCUGGCGACAGACACCGUUGCUGAAAGAGGAGGCCCCACCUGGCCCGAAAGUGCCUGGAGUCAUCAGUGGCAAAGUUGGAAUCGCUGCUCUGUCAGCGCUGAAUAAAAAGGAGAAGAGGCAGAAGGCGCUCGAAAGAUCUCAGAACGGUUGGGCUACGGAGGAUGCAACUGAUAUACAAGAGUUGCCGGAGUUUGACUUUGCGAGCAAUCUCGCCAAGUUCGACAAGCCGACUGUGUUUGGACAAAUCCGUAACGAGGACACGACGGCGGACGAGGAUCGACUUGUCAGCUUCAACCGAGUACAGCAUAGACCGGGCACAUACGGUGGCAAGAACAUACAUCCUACUGAGAAUGUUCUGGGCGGAACGAAACAUCGCACACAGAGCCAGAGCCUAUCUUCGAGCGAGUCCGAGGUCGAGAGUGAGCGGGCUUCCAGACGCAACAUGUCACGAGCGUCGAGCAGACGGAACCCUCAAAGAUCUGGCAGUGGGGUUAUCCCGGAUGGCCUGCCUCCUCACUCGACAGUGCCAAACCUCCUCGUGCGUAACAAAGCAUACGCUGGUCCUGCAUAUGCCUCGUCACACGCAACAGGCUCCCCAAAACCGUCUGGCCGUGCGACGCCUCCAGAGUCUCCAUUGCCGUCCCCUAUGCCGCAGGGCAAUAGUCGAUCGGCUUGUCUACGGAUUGUGACAUCGGGCCGGACUUGUCAUACACUGUCGCCAGGCAGUAUGGCUGCGGUGGAAGAGACAGCCGAGGUCGAGUUUGGACUAUCGGAGGACAUCAUGGCUGAGAAUGCGGGUCGAGGGGUUGCGGAAAUAGCACUUGCGACCAUCAAUCCAGGCGGACGACGGCUUGCUCGCGAGAAUGUUGCACUAAACUCGAAGCCGGUGAUUGUGGUGCUCGUGGGCAACCAUCGGUCUGGGGCUCGUGCGGUGGCAGCGGCCAGACAUGUGCACAUGCGAGGCGUACGCGUUAUGGUGACUGUUGUUGGUUUCAAUCGCGACCCAAACGACCGCGACACGCACCUGCGGCGUCAGAUUGACCUGUUCCAAGCGUACGGGGGAUCAGUCAGAGGCUGGACGGAUCUCGAGCUUGCGCUGAAGAAGCUGCAAGCACCACCCGAGCUCAUUGUAGACGCGGUCCUGGGCCGACAUCUCGAGUUUGACGCACUCGCCGACGCAGACCGGAAGGAGGUGCUGCAGAUGAUUGGCUGGGCAAACAAGAGCCGCGCCGGGGUCCUGGCCAUCGAAGGGCCCAGCGGAGUAGCCGCAAGCACCGGCGAAAUCUCCAUUCUAGAAGGCGAACCCCUCGAACUUCGCGCCAAGCACGUCGUCUGCCUCGGCGCGCCUCGCACGGGGAUCCUGCGCGCACUCGACAAUGGCGUCAGCGGCGCAGAGUGGGUUCUCUGGGUCGUGGACAUUGGACUUAACAGGCCAUGGAAGAAGGCGGGGAUUUCAAACGGGCGCGGUGUUGCGUUUGGCAGUGACUGGGUUGUCAAGGUGGAGUAUGUAGCCAGGCAGGAGGACGGGGCGGCAGGUGGUGGACGUUGAAUGGGAGUAGUUAGAGGUGUGAAGAUGGUGAGACUGGGAAGUUUUUUGCAUAGCGACUGGGUGGGUGUUGGUGGUUAUUUUAUCCUAUUCUUUGGGGCUGGUACAGCAUGGCAUGGCACGGCACGGUAUGGCGCUGGGAAUGGAUUGGAUCGAUCGGGACGAGAGUAGAGUGGGUGGUGAACUCGAAAAGCGUACACGGUGUGAGGGGCGGAUAGAACAUUCAUUGAUAGCUGGCAAGAAACUGAAUAUUUUAAAAGUAUUAUCCCG